AUGGAGGGCCUGAGGCAGGCCCGCGCGGCGAGCAGCGGAGAGCUCCUGGCUGUUGGGGAGGCACCGCUCAAGAUCGUCUGCCUGUCCUCGGACCCGGACGGGGACGCCGCGGCCGCGCGCCAGGCGCUGCCGGAGGGGCUCGUGCACGUCAUAGCUCAGCACGUGGAGUUCGUGGACCCUGGCGUCAGCAAGGGCCUCACGCUCGAGAGGCUCUGCGGGACCCUGCUCGGCUCGGCGGGGGCAGGAGGUGCGUUCUACAACAACAUUAGACGAGGACAUGCUGCGCCUCGUUGGGGAGGGCGUGGCCAUGAGCAACGCCAAGGAGAGCGUCAAGGCGGCGGCGGCGCGCAGCAGCGAGUGGUCCAACGACGAGGACCCAGAUCUCCGGGCGUCGCCCGGGAGCUGCGGGCGCUGCUGGACUCUGGCGAGCUGGCGGGGCCCCCGGGCGAGGAGUGA